AUCCUACGGGUGCCCGGCGGGGACCCUGUUAAGGGAAAUGGCGGCGGUGGCGCUGCCCCCGUCGCCUGUUGGGGCUUCUUGUUCCACACAGAGAGAGCGGACGUCCAGGGCACAGCUGAGCUUCAUCUGCCUUUGGGGCAGAGCCCGAGCUCGGCCCGGCGAGGAAAGCCCUGAUAACGGCCCGCUAGGCCUCACCGCCAGCGCCUUUUCUCUGCCGCGGCGCCCCCGGGGGGGCCUGCACGGCUCCGGCCUCCCCGGGGGGCGGCGGCUGGGCUACGGAGCAGCUGCCAGCUGGUUUCAGCCCGAGUCAGGUGCUUGUGUAUUCACGUGUUCUGAUUUUUGGAGCCAAGAAACUGCAAUGAAUCGAAGCAAUCCCACCGCAAGUUCUCUGCUCCCCGGCAUGGCCACCUGGGCUUCCUCCCCCACAAGAGGAGCCAUCGCCACCGAGGGAAGGUGAAGACAUGGCCUAAGGAUGACCCCAGCAAACCAGUUCACCUGACAGCUUUCUUGGGCUACAAAGCUGGCAUGACGCACACCCUGCGGGAGGUGCACAGGCCUGGGCUCAAGAUCUCCAAGAGGGAGGAGGUGGAGGCAGUGACCAUCAUCGAGACCCCCCCGGUGGUGGUGGUGGGGGUCGUGGGGUACAUAGAAACACCAAAGGGCUUGAGAAACUUCAAGACUGUUUUUGCUGAGCACAUCAGUGAUGAGUGCAGACGCCGCUUCUACAAGAACUGGCACAAGAGCAAGAAGAAGGCCUUCACCAAGUACUGCAAAAAAUGGCAGGAUGAGGAUGGCAAAAAGCAGCUGGAGAAGGAUUUUGCGGCUAUGAAGAAGUACUGCAAGGUCAUUCGUGUCAUUGUGCACACACAGAUGAAGCUGCUCCCGCUGCGGCAGAAGAAGGCCCAUGUGAUGGAGAUCCAGCUGAACGGUGGGACAGUGGCAGAGAAGGUUGACUGGGUCCGUGAGAGGCUGGAGAAGCAGAUCUCUGUGCACAGCGUCUUCAGCCAGAACGAGCUGAUUGAUGUCAUUGGUGUGACCAAGGGGCAUGGGAUGAAAGGGGUGACGAGCCGUUGGCACUCCAAGAAGCUCCCCAGGAAGACACACAAGGGCUUGCGCAAAGUUGCCUGCAUUGGAGCCUGGCACCCAGCCCGGGUUGGCUACUCCAUAGCCCGGGCCGGCCAGAAGGGCUACCACCACCGCACCGAGGUCAACAAGAAGAUUUACCGCAUUGGCCAUGGCAUCCACGUGGAAGAUGGCAAACUGGUGAAGAAUAAUGCCUCGACGCACUACGAUGUCACGGAAAAGACCAUCACACCCCUGGGUGGUUUUCCUCACUACGGGGAGGUCAACAACGACUUCCUCAUGCUGAAAGGCUGCGUCGUGGGCACGAAGAAGCGCGUGCUCACUCUGCGGAAGUCCCUUCUGGUGCACACAAGCCGCCGGGCUCAGGAAGCCGUUGAACUCAAGUUCAUUGAUACCACUUCCAAGUUUGGCCACGGCUGCUUCCAGACGGCUCAGGAGAAGCGGGCUUUCAUGGGCCCCCAGAAGAAACACUUGGUGAAAGGGAAGCAGCAUGUGCAGGAAGAGCUGUAAUGGCUGAGAUAUGCCUGGCUGCUAUAACUGAGCACCUUCAAUAAAGGGGCUUCAAGCCA